UUUUCCUCUGGAAGAUAUUAUACAUGGUGCUUUUUAUCCUCUAAAAUCUAUUAUACGUGGAGCUUUUGGAUUGGAAGCCUUCAGUCAACUUCCACUCCAGUCCAGUCGACCGUAUCCAGGCGACCGAAGCCAAACAAAAACAGACGCAUACAUAGAAAAUUCACUUCACUCACAACCACAGAAUCAUAUUACUGGCUAAUGCAGUCUUUUUCUUCUUCCUCCAACACUUUUCAUGUUCCAUCUCAUUCGCGGUACCAAAAUUUUCUUAAUAUAUUAUACACAGAAACAGAGAAAUAUUUUUGUAUUUGGAACAGGAACAGAGACGAGGCAGAGCAUCUGUUUUCCCGAGUAAAGGGUCUUGGUGGUUUCGUCCUUUUUCAACACAGAGAUUAAUCCAUUAUCCAUCGAUGAAGCUCCUACUCUAUUUAUUCAGCUUCGCUUUUGUCUCCUUCUAUAAAUCAUUUGCAGCAGACACCAUUGAACCAUACCAAACUCUCCUAGACAACGACCAAACUCUCAUCUCUAUAGCUGAAGAAUUCGAGUUGGGAUUCUUUAGCCCAUCGAAUUCCACGAACCGCUAUAUAGGAAUAUGGAGCAAGAAAGUUUCGCAACCCACCGUCGUAUGGGUUGCCAACAGAGACAAUCCGCUUUCAGAUUCAUACGGGGUAUUCACCAUCAGCCAAACAGGAAACGUUCUCAUAUUUAGCAACAAAUCAGGCAUCACCUACUGGUCUUCAAACUCAUCCUCAAAUGGUCCUCCAAUCUUGCGGCUCUUAGACACUGGGAAUCUCGUGGUAAAAGAUGGUGAUGGUGAUGAUAAUGGUAAUGAAAACUACAACUGGCAGAGUUUCGAGCAUCCAGGUGAUACGCUCAUAGCGGGUAUGAAACAAGGUUGGAACCUAAAAACGGGUCAACAUUGGUAUCUGACAUCCUGGAAAAGUCCUCAAGAUCCAUCCACUGGAAGCUAUAGAUACCAAAUAGACCCUCGUGGGCUUCCUCAGCUAGUUCAGUAUAAAGACUCAGAGGUCGUUUAUCGAACCGGCCCUUGGGACGGUGUUCGGUUCGGUGGAGAUCCUCCUCUCAAAAACGAAAACCCCAUCUUCAAACCCACAUUCGUUUUCAACACAACUCAUGUCUACUAUACCUUUGAAAACGAAGAUCAUGCUUCCUUUAGCAGGUUUUGGGUGAACCCGUCAGGGUCUCUCCAGCAUCUCCGGUGGAACGAAAAUGGAAAGGAGUGGACCACGGUAUUUACUCUGCAGAAAGAUGAAUGCGAUACAUUCGGGAGGUGUGGUCCAAAUGGUGUGUGUGACAUCAAUAAGAACCCCGUUUGUCAAUGCCCAAUUGGUUUCGUACCCAAAGCACCGCAGGACUGGAUAAGACUUGACACGUCCGGUGGAUGCGUCCCGAAGAUAAAGUUGAGCUGUGGAAUGGACGUAGGGUUCAAGAAAUUUCAUCGGAUGAAGUUACCGUAUGGUACUGAGUUUUUGGUAAAUAGGAUGGUGACAAAGCAGGAUGAGUGUGAAGCUGCGUGUUUGAGAAACUGUUCGUGUACGGCUUAUGCAAUGGCACGGAUUAGUGGGUGCGUUUUAUGGUUUAAGGACUUGCUUGAUAUCAGAGCAUACAAUGAGUUCGGGCAAGAUUUGUAUAUCAGGAUGGCUGCCUCUGAAGUUGAAUCGAACAAUAAAGGCAAACGGACGGCCUUGAUCAUUUCCCUGUCGGUGUUGUCCGUGUUUCUUAUAUUGGUUAUGGUCAGCGGGUGCAUUAUCCGGAAGAGGACCUACAGCAACAAAAGCCAAGUUGAAAGAAUAGUCAAUCCUGAUGAAGCUGGAGAUCAUUACCAAACGGAUGAAGACAUAGAGCUUCCUUCAUUUAGUUUAGCUACUAUUUCAAUUGCUACUAGCAACUUUUCUUCAACAAAUAUACUUGGACAAGGCGGUUUUGGUAUUGUUUACAAGGGUACGCUCCCAAAUGGACAGGAAAUAGCAGUUAAGAGGCUCUCCGAAGAUUCAAGACAAGGCCUCAAAGAGUUCAAGAAUGAGGUUAUCUUGAUUUCAAAACUUCAACACCGGAACCUUGUUAGGCUCUUAGGAUGUUGUAUUCUCAGAGAAGACAGGAUGUUGAUUUAUGAGUACCUGCCUAAGAAAAGCUUGGACUUAUACAUAUUCGAUCAAACAAAAGGUACUGCACUUGAUUGGCGGAGGCGUUUUAACAUUAUAGUGGGAAUUGCUCGAGGACUUCUAUAUCUUCAUAGAGAUUCACGGUUAAGAAUCAUUCAUAGAGACCUUAAAACCAGUAACGUCCUCUUGGAUAAUGAGAUGAAUCCCAAAAUAUCAGACUUUGGCUUAGCAAGAGCAUUUGGUGGUGACGUGACUGAAAUAAACACAAAAAGGGUCAUGGGAACAUAUGGCUAUAUGUCACCCGAGUAUGCGAUUGAUGGGUUAUUUUCAAUGAAGUCUGAUGUCUUUAGCUUUGGGGUCAUGGUUUUGGAGAUAGUGAGUGGAAAGAAAAAUAGAGGAUUUUCUCAUCCUGAACAUGAUCUCAAUCUUUUGGGGCAUGCAUGGAAAUUAUGGAAUGAAGAUAGGGCCAUGGAUCUUAUGGAUAGUUUGAUGGAGAAAAUUCCUGCAUCAUCAGAAGGAUUGAGAUGCAUUCAAAUAGGCCUAUUAUGUGUUCAAAAACGUCCUGAAGAUAGACCCCUAAUGUCAUCCGUUCUGAUGAUGUUAGACAGUGAGAAUGCUUCACUCCCCCAACCAAAAGAGCCAGGAUUUUACACUGAAAGGGUUCUUCCAGAAUCUCCUUUUGGAUCAACUUGGAGUAUGUCAAAUGAAGUAACUGUUACAACUUUACAUGGGAGAUAAUGUAUACAUAUAUAUGUAUAGAACUGAUCUCUUAGGUGGCAAAGUAAAAAUUGUAGUUAACGAUUCCAAUAGCAAUAAUGAUCAACAACCACAUGGAGCUCCUACAAAUAAACAAUUGAGUUAUAUUGAUAUUAUCCUAGAAAUUAUGUUAAGUUGUAAGGCUAAAGCAAAGGAGUUAUCGGAUAAGUUUUGUUUUACAUACUGUUACAAUAAUAAUCCUUGUUGUAGUUAUCAAGAUUGUAAACAAUCUGUGUAUUGUACAAAUUGUACAAAGUGUUUACUAUCAAUACAUUGGAAAUCAUCAUUCUUGCGUUCA